AUGGCCAAUGGUAUCUUCUACUGGGAAGAGAGGGGAUAUAGACUCAGUCAUACUUGGGACUACAUUCAUCUUGCUGCAGUGCCACCUUGUGGUGCGCUGUCGGUGUCCGACUUCCCCGCCGCCUCCUCUGCCCUGAGACUCGCCGUUGAGUACGUGAACGAGAAUCGGCUCGUUCCCAACGUCACUCUCGAGUGCAUCGAAAACACGACAACGUCACUGGCGUUUCUGAAGAUGAUCCAACAAGAAUGCUACCAGGCUUCGCAGGGCAUUGUGGCAGUUAUAGGGCCGGCGUCAACCUCACAGGUGAUCGCCAGCAGCCUGGUGAGUUCCGGGCUGUCCCUACCCCAAAUCGCUCCCGAGGCCACUGACCCCACCCUGGGGAACUCCCAGCAGUUCCCUCAGCUGAUCCGCAUCUCCUGGCCAGACAGCGUGCUCAGCAAGGCUCUCAUAGACCUGCUGGAGCACUUCAGUUGGGACCAGAUGAGUAUCUUGGUCUCAAACGAUGCCUUCGGCACGCAUGGUUUAGCCGUGUUCCAGCUGAUCGCGGGGCAGAAGAAGUGGGUUAUCCACACCAUGCAGUCAUUCGAUCCGACGGAGAAUCCCGAGGACAUCGAGAUGCGCUCACAGCUGCGGGUAAUAAAACAAACAGGUGCCCGUAUCGUCGUCCUGCACUGCCUGGCCCGGUACGCAGCGGAGAUCCUGCGGGAGGCCAGCGCCAUGGGCAUGGCCGGACACGGCUGGGCCUGGGUGGUCAGCGACGGGAUCACUGGACAUGCACACGAUGCCUUUAAGCCGACCAGUGGAGCAGCCCGCGUGCCCGGGUACCUCCAGGGCCUGGUGGGGCCGGCACCUCCCGCCGCCCGCGGGCGCCACAGCGGGGCGUUCCUGGCCAAGUGGAGGUCGGCCGACCCGGCUGUGUACCCCGGAGCAGGGGAGCCAGACAUUGGGCCUUACACCGCGAGGUGGGCGGAUGCAGUCCUGGCUCUCGCACAAGCCAUGAGGAACCUCCAAGAAGACGGCGUCACGGUGACCCCCCAGAGUCUGGACUGUGACUACGAUGGGCGUCAAUCGCAGCCAUGGGCGGACGGGCCAACGAUGCUGCACUAUCUGAAACAGGUACAAACGGAUGGAGUGACAGGGUACAUCGACUUCGACUCGGCGGCGGCUCGAGUGAACGCUGAGUACAACAUCUUGAAUCUGAAAAGUGGCGGCUGGCAGAAGGUAGGCAUGUGGAAUUUGUCGUCAGGACUGCACAUGUCCGCAGACGAGGACGUCACGCUGAUGGGCGGGGCGACCACAGUCUACCCGUACGUGUCCGACCUGAGCAACAGGACCCUGCGCGUGGUCACUAAAGCCGCGCCCGGCUUCGUCAUGAUAGCAGGCGUGGACAAAGACGGGAAGAACGCCACGGGAAACGAAAGAUUCCAGGGAUUUUGUGUUGACCUGUUCUCAUGGCUAUCCAGUCAGCUUGGGUUCAGGUACGAGUACUACCACGUUGCGGACGGACAUUACGGUGUCUACAACUCGGAAAUAGGAAAAUGGACAGGACUGGUUGGCGAUGUAUUGUCCGGGGAAGCCGACAUCGCUGUGAGUGCACUCUCCAUCACUUCGGAAAGGCAGGCCGUUGCGGACUUCACUCUUCCAAUCCACGACAACGGCAUCGCACUUGUCAUGAAGAAAGCACAGCCAAGUACCUGGGGCUUCAUCAGCCCGUUCCACGCGGACCUGUGGGCCACCAUCCUGGUGACGGCCCUGGCGGUGGGGCUGUUUCAGGGCGUGGCCAACCUAGCAACAAGGAACAUUAGAGUCCAGGAAAGUGGUGCCCCUGAAGACGAAGACAAAACCACGGGUUUCUGGGAAGCUGUGUGGCAGUCCUUCACGACUCUUGUGCAGCUGGGGCCGGAGUUCCUCCCUAGCUCUUUAGCAGGUCGAGUUUCUGCCUUCUUCUGGGGAAUCGGCGUCCUUGUCGCCAUCUCCACCUACACCGCCAACCUGGCCGCUUUCCUCACCGUCAGGAACGUGGAUAACUCCAUCAGUUCAGCAGGGGACCUCCUCACGCAGAGGGAAAUCAGUUUUGGGGCUAAUAGGAACUCGGCGGUGUGGACGUCCUUCCUGACCACCACGACUGAACCGUACCGCUCUCUGGGAAUCGCCAUGCUGGCUAACAAAGAAGCUGUUCUUGUUGAUACCGACCAAGAGGCUUUUGAUAAGGUGCGGCAGGGGAAAUAUGCGCUGUUCGGGGACAGCGCUCUCAUGGACUAUGAAGUGAGCCAUGAGCCCUGUGACCUGCAGACGAUCGGACGGCUGUUCUGGCAGACUGGGUACGGACUGCUCCUGCCGAAGAACUCCAAAUACACCACGGAGUUCAACAAGGCUAUUGUUGCUGCAAAGGAACAGGGUAUAUACGACAAACUGGAAACCAAGUGGUGA